ACAACCUGAAACAAAUGGGUUUAAAAUUCUUUCUUCUUGUCAACAAGCAAGGGCAGACGAGACUUUCUCAGUACUAUGAGUACGUUGAAAUAGAGGAGAGAGUUGGCAUGGAGGCGGAGAUCAUUCGCAAAUGUCUCGCCAGAGCAGAUAAUCAAUGUUCAUUUAUGGAGUAUAGAAACUUCAAAGUCAUCUACAGGAGGUACGCAUCUCUCUACUUCAUUAUCGGUGCUGACAGCGAUGAGAAUGAACUGAGCAUAUUGGAGUUCAUACACAACGUUGUGGAGACGUUUGAUCUCUACUUUGAGAAUGUUUGUGAACUGGAUCUUAUGUUUCACUUGGAUAAAGCUCAUAUGAUUCUGGAUGAAAUGGUUACAAAUGGACAGAUCAGUGAAACUAAUAGAACUCGUAUUUUAGCUCCUACUUCUGUUAUAGAAAAAAAUCAGGGGAAGUAGGUAGAAAUAAAAUGUAAUUAUUGACACUUUGAGUCAUUUAAUGUUGAUGAUUGUCUUUUCUAUUACGCACAGCGGUUACAAGUCAUGUAGACAAAACAUGAUAUUGAAAUAUUUCUGUCUUCUA